AUGACUAAAGAGAAAAGCGAAAGUCACCGGGUUUCUCUUGAAAAGAGAUCUAUCUAUUUAUCUAUCGAUCUAUCUAUCCCAGUCCUUUUCAUAUCUAUCUAUCUAUCUAUCUUUUCAUUUUCCAAUCUAGCUAGCUCAAUCCUUUUUCAUGUAUCUAUCGAUAUAUCUGACUAUCAGUCUGUCUAUCGAUUUAUCUAUCUGCGUCUUUUUCAUAUCUAUCUAUCUAUCUAUCUCCCUUUUCAUUUCCCAAUUCUUUCUAUCGAUUUAUCUAUCUGUGUCUUUUUCAUAUCUAUCUAUCUAUCUAUCUAUCUAUCUAUCUAUCUAUCUAUCUAUCUAUCUAUCUAUCUAUCUCAGGUUAUCCCUAUCUAUCUGUCGAUCCAUCUACCUAUCUCAGUCUGUUCAUAUCUACCUAUCUCAGUCUGUUCAUAUUCAUAUCUAUCUAUCUAUCUAUCUAUCUAUCUGCAUUAUAUCACUCAAGCAUCCACUGAUACAUUGAAUGUUUGA